AUGGAAGGAAGGAAUGAAACUGCAACGAACAAAGUGAUUGAAUUCAUUAUCAUGGGUGUCACAGAUCUUCCAGAGUUACAAAUACCUCUCUUCCUGGUGUUUCUUUUCAUCUACUCUGUCACAGUGGUGGCAAACCUUGGUAUGGUCAUCCUGACUAAGAUUGAUUCCCAUCUGCAAACUCCCAUGUAUUUUUUCCUUAGGCACCUGUCUCUCAUUGAUCUUGGUUACUCCACAGCCAUUGGCCCCAAAAUGUUAGUCAGUUUUGUAGUGGAUAAAAAUAUAAUUUCCUUCACUGGGUGUGCAAUUCAACUAUUUGUCUUUGUUACCUUGAUCAUCAGUGAACUUUUUGUGCUGUCAGCCAUGGCCUAUGACCGAUAUGUGGCUAUCUGUAAGCCCCUACUCUACACAGUCAUCAUGUCAGACAGAGUGUGUUGGAUACUUGUGGCUAUCCCUUACCUAUACAGUACAUGUGUUUCUCUACUGAUUGCUAUUAAGAUUUUUAAUUCAUCCUUUUGUAGAUCUAAUGUAAUCAGGCAUUUCUACUGUGACAAUCUCCCACUGUUGUCCAUGAUUUGUUCUAAUACCAGUGACAUAGAACUAAUUAUUUUGAGUCUUUCUGCUUUUAAUCUAUUUUCCUCCCUCCUGGUUGUUCUUGUGUCAUAUGUGUUUAUUCUUGUGGCCAUCCUCAGGAUGAAUUCUGCUGAGGGAAGGCGCAAAGCAUUCUCUACCUGUGGUUCUCAUUUCACCGUGUUAGUUGUCUUCUAUGGGACACUAAUCUUCAUGUACUUGCAGCCUAAGUCUAGCCAUUCCUUUGAUACAGACAAGAUGGCUUCAGUAUUUUACACUCUUGUGAUUCCCAUGCUCAACCCUUUGAUCUACAGUUUAAGAAAUACAGAGGUGAAAGCUGCCUUGAAAAGAGCUCUAAGAAAAUAG